CGGGCUGCAUGUUGGUUGCUGGAGAGUUGGGCCCGAGUCCCCUUUCUCAUGCUGUUUGGGCCAGGAGGCUGUUUAUCGAGCUUAUCCUCUUUGCCUCCUUGAGAAGGUGAACAUUAAAAUAAGAGAUUACUAUUUAAUAAAAAAAGCCACUGGGGAGAGAGAAGAGGCAACGAUUCAGGUGCUUCGUGGACUAAUCACCUUUAUCCUGGGAUUUGGAAGAUCAGAGCCACAAUCAGCAGACCACAGCGUUUAGGCAUCCUGUGACUGGACAGUUUUCUCCAGAAAAUAUUGAGUUCAUUCUUCAGGAGGGGCCAAAUCCGCAUAUGUCAAAGCAAGAGUUUAUGAACCAGCGACCCUCCAGCAUGGUCAGUGAGACAUCCACAGUCGGAACCACAUCCACUCUGGAUAUGAAAUCAGGACCAAGGGUUAUCAAGACUAACAAAAUUCACAGCUUUGGAAAAAGGGACCAGGCUAUCAGAAGAAAUCCCAAUGUCCCUGUGGUGGUGAGAGGCUGGUUGCACAAACAGGACAGCUCUGGGAUGCGAUUAUGGAAGAGAAGAUGGUUUGUGCUUGCUGAUUACUGUUUAUUCUACUAUAAAGACAGUCGAGAAGAAGCUGUCCUAGGGAGCAUCCCACUGCCCAGCUAUGUGACCUCGCCUGUUGGGCCCGAAGACCGUAUAAACCGCAAGUAUUCUUUUAAGGCUGUCCACAAUGGCAUGCGGGCCCACAUCUACAACACCUCUGGCAUUGACUUUCCGGCAGAGCACUCGGGGAUGAGAACUUACUAUUUCAGCGCUGACACUCAAGAAGAUAUGAACGGCUGGAUCAGAGCCAUGAACCAGGCUGCCCAACUACAGUCUCGAGCAUCAUUGAAGCGGGAUGCCGAGAGGACAGAGCGGCAAGCUGUCCCACAAGCCAACCAUACAGACCCCUGUCAAGAGUGUGGCCGCAUGGGCCCUGGACAUACCAGGGACUGCUCCCGGCGAGCCCACAAUGAUGCCUUUGGCUUUGACAGGCCUGAGCAAGACGAUGAGGAACGCUACGGCUUCCAAAGGGACCCUCUGGAGGGGAAGCAGGAAAGGGGGAAGUCCAAGUCCCCCUACCCAGCAGCUGAGGCAGACUCCUUCUUUGUGGACUUACCCAGUGGUCCCAGGGCUCAGUCAGCCCAGCCUCAGCUAAUGGAGAGGAACGGCGUGCUGCCUAGUUCCUUUGGUGGGGGCUCUGGGCUUGGGGAGCAGAAUGGUACUGGUGGGUAUAAGAGGGUAAUCCAUCCCCGAACCAACCCCGAAAAGCAUGCCCAGAGGAGGAGUAACAUGGCGCAGGUGGAGAACUGGGUGAAGGUGCAGAAAGGAGACGGCAAAAGCCUUGUCUCAGACCAGAUACGAUUCCUCCAGCAGGGUCCUGGCCAGUCCCUGUCCUUCUCAGAGAACUACCAGACCCUGCCCAAGAAUACCCGCCAUUCCUCAGGCAGUUCCCCACCUCCACUCCGCAACUUACCCAGUGAUUACAAAUACGCCCAGGACCGAGCAAGUCACUUGAAGAUGUCCAAUGAGGAGCGUCGGGCUCACCGGGAUGGCACUGUCUGGCAGCUGUAUGAAUGGCAACAGAGACAGCAGUUCAAGCACGGGAACCCCACAGCCCCCAUCUAUGCAGGCUCCCCAGAGUUUGCCGACCAGGGCCGGAGCAAGAGCAUGCUGGAGGUGCCUCGAUCCAUCUCUGUGCCACCAUCCCCAUCAGACAUCCCUCCCCUAGGCCCACCCCGGCUCUUUCCAACACGGAGGCCACACACGCCAGCUGAGCGGGUCACUGUGAAACCUCUGGAGCAGAGGCGGAGUGUGGACAUUUCCCUAGGGGGGUCCCCCAGGAAGGUCCGGGGCCAUACUCUUAAGAACUCCUCCCAUGUGGACAGACGCUCCAUGCCGUCCAUGGGGUAUAUGACACACACUGUUAGCGCUCCCAGUUUACAUGGAAAGUCGCCUGAAGAGUUAACAUUGCUUCUCAUUCGAUUAAGGAGACAUCAGGCUAAGUUGGCUAGUGUGCGAAAUUACACAAUCGCCCAAUUACUGCAACAUGAGCCAACAAUUCCCACCUACCAGGCUGACGACACCUACCUUCAGCUGAAGAAAGACCUGGAGUAUCUAGACCUAAAGAUGACCCGUGACACUCUGAAGGACAGAGUUCUGAAGCCUGUGAAAGUAGCUGAGAGUGAUAUUGAUGUAAAAUUAAGCAUCCUAUGUGAACAAGACAGGGUCCUGCAGGACUUAGAAGACAAGAUAAGAGCCCUCAAGGAAAGCAAAGACCAGCUGGAGUCAGUCCUGGAGGUCUUGCACAGACAGAUGGAGCAGUACAAAGACCAGCCCCAGCAUUCAGAAAAGAUUUCUUACCAGCAAAGGCUGCUGCAAGAGGACCUCGUUCACAUACGAGCAGAGAUAUCCAAGCUUUCAACAGAAAUGGAAAAUGCCUGGAAUGAAUACCUGAAGCUGGAGAAUGAUGUCAGUCAGCUGAAACAAACUUUACAGAGGCAGAGUCGACGAUCCUUCUUUCUGCCUCAGGAGAGAUCUCAGAUACAGAAGGAUCUUUGGAGGAUUGAAGAUGUCACUGCUGGCCUGAGUGCAAAUAAAGCAAACUUCAAGAUCUUAGUGGAGUCCUUCAAGAAUCCAGAAAGAAAAACAGUGCCUUUGUUUCUCCACACGCCUGUGCCUUCAGUCCUCAAGUCUCUCAGCACUUCGGAGAGCAAACGACUCCCUCCUCAGACUAGCCCUCCAAGCAGCCCUCAAUGGACCAGCCCUGCAAAGACGCCCCUGGAGGUUCGCCUCUUUCCACAGCUGCAAACAUAUGUGCCCUAUAGAACCCAUCCACUACAGCUGAGAAAAGUGACCUCUCCCGUCCAGUCCCCUACAAAGCUGACGCCAAAGGCUGAAGAUGAGGCGCCACCCCGACCCCCCCUUCCUGAGCAGUACAGCCCUGAGGACCCACCUCCAGCCGUGCCCCCUCUUCCUCGGGAAGCCACGAUCAUCCGCCACACCUCCGUGAGAGGCCUCAAGCGGCAGUCUGAUGAGAGGAAGAGAGACCGGGAGCUGGGGCAGUGUGUGAAUGGGGAUUCCAAGGUUGAGCUACGUUCAUAUAUGAGUGAGCCAGAGCUGGCGUCCCUCAGUGGUGACAUGAACCAGCCCUCCCUUGGAUUUGUGGGCCCUGAGAGUGGCUACCAGACACUACCUGGGAGAGGUUUUUCCGGCUCCACGUCCAGGCUCCAGCAAUCAUCUACCAUUCCUUCCUACGUUACACUCAGGAGGGGAUUAAAUGCAGAUGGCUCAAAGAGACCCAAGAGUGCCUUGGAACGACUGUAUUCUGGAGACCACCUGAGGGGCAAGAUGAGCGCUGAGGAGCAGCUGGAGAGGAUGAAGCGUCACCAGAAGGCCCUCGUCCGGGAACGCAAGAGGACACUGAGCCAAGGCGAGAAACAGAGCAUGUCCUCGUCCAACACCUUCAGCCGUCCCAGCCCUGGAGACCUUGGCUCAUGGAAGCGAGAACAGGACUUUGAUUUACAAUUACUUGAGAGAGCCAUGCAAGGAGGGGAGAAAGACGAGGAUGGCUGGCUGAAAGUACAGGCUACUCCCGUGACUGAGAUGGACCUAGAGCCUCAAGACUAUGACAUAGACAUCAGCAGAGAGCUGUCCAAGCCAGAUAAGGUGUCCAUUCCUGAACGCUAUGUGGACUUGGAGCCCGAGGAGCCGCUCAGCAUGGAAGAGUUAGAGGCAAGGUUCCGCAAAGCCGAGAAGAUCCGCAACCUCCUCACCCGCUCGAGCAUGCACAACCUGCAGCCUCUGACCACUCAGGACAAACACCGCUCGGCCGACCUCGACUCCCAGCUCCAGGAACAAGAACGCAUCUUCCACAUCUCACACACCCUGGCCUCUGAAGCCUCCCAGCGUAGCAAGCAGGUGGCAGCCCAAGCAGUGAGUGACCAGUGACCCAUGUCCCGAAGAGAGGCCUGGAGCUGAGAGCCCAUGGAGCCAACACCCUGGGAGAAGAUCACUCACUUUCCCCAAAGGAAAUUCCAAGAGCCCGGAGAGGGGUUUUCUGAAGGGGGAAGGGGGGAAGGGACACCCCCACCCUCCCAACCAUCCUGUGAAAGAACUACUGUAGGCUAGUUACACACACAC